GGCUGCCCGGGGUCGCGGUCGCUCGGGCCGGCGCUCCCCAGAUAGCUCCUUCCGGGCCUGCCUGCCGCCCGCAGCCUCUCGCUAGGUCUCCUCCCAGCGACCACCUCACGGCUUCCUUAUGGAUCGCAGCUCCAAGAGGAGGCAGGUGAAGCCGCUGGCAGCUUCUCUCCUGGAAGCUCUUGAUUAUGACAGUUCAGAUGACAGUGAUUUUAAAGUUGGAGAUGCGUCAGAUUCUGAAGGGAGUGGUAAUGGAAGUGAAGAUCCUUCAAAGGACAGUGGAGAAGGUUCCUGUAGUGAUUCUGAAGAAAAUAUUUUAGAGGAAGAACUGAAUGAAGCUAUUAAAGUAAAGGAAGAACAGCUUAAACCUUCUACAGAAGAAGUGUCUUCUGACAAGCAGUUAAUUAAAGUGGAGAAGAAGGAAGAAGAAGAAAAUGGAGAAAGACCUAGAAAGAAAAAGGAGAAAGAGAAGGAAAAAGAGAAAGAAAAAGAGAAAGAGAAGGAGAGAGAGAAGGAAAAUGAAAAAGCAACAGUAUCUGAUAAUGUGGCUGCUGCUACUGCUGCCACCACUCCAGCCACAAGUCCUUCUGCUGUUAACACACCCCCUUCUGCUCCCACUAUGACCACUCCUGCAGAGGAACAAGUCAGUGAGCCCAAAAAAUGGAAUCUUCGUCGAAACCGACCACUUUUGGAUUUUGUAUCCAUGGAAGAGCUGAAUGAUAUGGAUGACUAUGACAGUGAGGAUGACAAUGAUUGGCGGCCGACUGCAGUGAAGAGGAAAGGCAGGUCAGCAUCUCAGAAAGAGGGGAGUGAUGGCGACAAUGAGGAUGAUGAAGAUGAGGGAAGUGGGAGUGAUGAAGACGAGAAUGAUGAGGGCAAUGAUGACGACCAUAGUAGCCCCGCUAGCGAAGUGGGUUGCAAGAAGAAGAGGAGUAAAGUUGUUAGCAGAAACAGUGCUGAUGAUGAGGAACUGACCAAUGAUAGCCUGACCCUAUCUCAGAGCAAGAGUAAUGAGGACUCGCUGAUUCUUGAGAAGAGUCAAAACUGGAGUUCUCAAAAAAUGGACCAUAUUCUAAUUUGCUGUGUUUGUCUUGGAGAUAAUAGUGAAGAUGCAGAUGAAAUCAUUCAGUGUGACAAUUGUGGCAUUACAGUUCAUGAAGGUUGUUAUGGAGUCGAUGGAGAAAGUGACUCUAUUAUGAGUUCAGCUUCUGAAAACUCCACUGAACCUUGGUUUUGUGAUGCCUGUAAAUGUGGUGUUUCUCCUAGCUGUGAACUAUGUCCUAAUCAGGAUGGAAUUUUCAAGGAGACGGAUGCUGGAAGAUGGGUUCACAUUGUUUGUGCCCUAUAUGUUCCUGGGGUAGCCUUUGGAGAUAUUGAUAAAUUACGACCAGUAACACUAACAGAAAUGAACUAUUCCAAAUAUGGUGCCAAGGAGUGCAGCUUUUGUGAAGACCCUCGCUUUGCUAGAACCGGAGUGUGCAUUAGUUGUGAUGCAGGCAUGUGCAGAGCCUAUUUUCAUGUUACGUGUGCCCAGAAGGAAGGUCUGCUUUCAGAAGCAGCAGCAGAAGAGGAUAUAGCAGAUCCAUUUUUUGCUUACUGUAAGCAACAUGCAGAUAGGUUAGACAGAAAAUGGAAGAGAAAAAACUACUUGGCUCUGCAGUCCUAUUGUAAAAUGUCUUUGCAAGAGAGAGAAAAACAACUAUCCCCAGAAGCACAGGCAAGAAUUAAUGCCCGGCUUCAGCAAUAUCGUGCCAAGGCAGAGCUUGCCCGAUCUACCAGACCCCAGGCCUGGGUUCCCCGGGAGAAGCUGCCCAGACCACUCACCAGCAGUGCUUCAGCUAUUCGUAAACUGAUGCGCAAAGCAGAGUUAAUGGGGAUCAGUACGGAUAUCUUUCCAGUGGACAAUUCAGACACUAGUUCUAGUGUGGAUGGAAGGCGAAAACAUAAGCAACCAGCUCUAACUGCUGACUUUGUGAAUUACUAUUUUGAGAGAAAUAUGCGCAUGAUUCAAAUUCAGGAAAAUAUGGCUGAACAAAAGAAUAUAAAGGAUAAAUUAGAGAAUGAGCAAGAAAAGCUUCAUGUAGAAUAUAAUAAGCUGUGUGAAUCUUUAGAAGAACUACAAAACCUUAAUGGGAAACUUCGAAGUGAAGGGCAAGGGAUAUGGGCCUUACUAGGCCGAAUCACAGGGCAGAAGUUGAAUGUUCCGGCAAUUUUACGAGCACCCAAGGAGAGAAAACCAAGCAAAAAAGAAGGAGGCACACAAAAGACAUCUACUCUUCCUACAGUGCUUUAUAGUUGUGGAAUUUGUAAGAAGAACCAUGACCAGCAUCUUCUGUUACUGUGUGAUACCUGUAAACUGCAUUACCAUCUUGGAUGUCUUGAUCCUCCUCUUACAAGGAUGCCAAGAAAGACCAAGAACAGUUACUGGCAAUGCUCAGAAUGUGACCAAGCAGGGAGCAGUGACCUGGAAGCGGACAUGGCCAUGGAAACUUUGCCAGAUGGAACCAAACGGUCAAGGAGGCAGAUUAAGGAACCAGUGAAAUUUGUUCCACAGGAUGUGCCACCAGAGCCCAAGAAGAUUCCAAUAAGAAACACGAGAACAAGAGGGCGAAAACGAAGCUUUGUUCCUGAGGAAGAAAAACAUGAGGAAAGAGUCCCAAGAGAGCGAAGGCAGAGGCAGUCUGUGCUGCAGAAGAAGCCCAAGGCUGAAGACUUAAGAACAGAGUGUGCAACUUGCAAAGGAACUGGGGACAAUGAAAAUCUUGUCAGAUACCCUUCAUGAGACCCAACUGCCACAGCUCAUCCUCGAAGGCAAUCCCGGAAACCUCUUUUAUAAGUGUGAUUUUAAAAUGUGGAUAAGACUCAAUAGAGUAUAAAGUAAAGGAGAACAGCUAUCUUGUCCUUCCCAUAAGCUUAUCACUGCAAAAAAGUUGCUUUUGCUUGUCGUGUGAAUAGAAUGUAAUUGAUGGCUUUGUUACUUGGACAGUACACGACAGUUAAUUUGCCUCUGGAUUUUUCUUUUCUUUUUAUUUUCUCCUUAACUUUUUUGCACUAAUCAGAAAUACUUGAUAUGUGCAUUAUUAAAAUAGUGGUUAAAUGUCUUGUCAGAAUUGUCUUACUAGCUAAUUGUCUUUCCCUCUUGCUUCUUUGGCAAUUGAUGAUUCACAGGGUUUGGACUCACUGAAGUCUUGUGGAAGCCUUUGUGAUUUAAAUACAUGUUCUUUUCUGCUGUUGAGUAAUAAUCCCCUGUUUGUAACCAACAAAAGACAGUGCAUUCCCUUAAUCUGCUGAUCUGUAUUAACUAAUGUAUUACAUGUAUUCACACUGGAAAGUUCUGCAUUGGGAACAGCCAUAGAUUCAUAUUAAAUGUUAUUUCUAUUUAUAAUAUUCAGCAAAAGUGAAAGACUUGUGAAGUAUAUGGCAUUCUAUUUUGAGUAGUGUGAAAGCACUGAUGUUAUUAGCAUGAAGUUCUUACAACUUUAGAUUUUAAGCUCAUGGAUAAAUAUAUGUCUUUGUUAGUCUUUAGAUAUGUUUUUAGAAAUAUCCAGCCUUAUUGUUUUAUCCAAUAUGAAUUUUCUGUGUUCCAAUAUAAUUUUACUUUUUUCAAACUUAAAUAUGAAACUGUAAGAAGGGAGAUACAAAGCUUGUUGACGAUACAGCCUGGCAGCUGAAAGAGCUUCAUCAGCAUCUGUAUCUUUCCAGAGUUUUACAACAUUAGAAUUUGAUCUUCAACCUUUACUGAUCCAGUUUUAAGUCAUCGGCAGAAAUACUUUGACUGUUCAAUCACUCAAUCUUGAACUGAUUUAGAAGAGACUGCUGAGAUUGAAAUGCACAUACACAUGUCAGUUGUCAACAUGUCUCUUGGAAUCUCAUAUUUAAAUUGUGCUUUUGGAUCUCUUUUCAGGUAUAGUGACAAUUGAAAAUAGUUUAACUUCAUGAGUAGAGUAGACAUUGUUGAAGGUGAUCAACUGCAAGUGUAAUUAUAAAGAUGAUGUCUCUAGUAAUCUAUAGUGUAGGAACCAUAUGAUUGGUAAGAUGUUUAAUAAAAUUAAAACAUGUAUGAACUUAAUGUAUAAAAUUAAUUUAUUGAAAGGUCACAUUACAUUGCAGUAAAAUAAUUGUAAUUUUUAGCAAAAGAAGAACUUUUUUGAGAAUAAGAAAGAAUUAUCACUAUAUAACUCUAAGAAAAAGUUGGUGAACUCUGGCUAAUUUUAAGAAAAAAUAAAAAUGUAGAUUAUCAGUUUUGAAUGAACUAUGCUAAUGUAAUAGGCCCUUGCUGUGUUUUAGUAUAAAGUGAGAAGAUACUAAUGGUUAUUUUAUUUUAGGGUUUCUUUUUCUUUUGUUCAUUCUUUCCUUUCUUGAGAAUUCUUUUGGUGGUGAGGUUUUGCUGUCACUGUUAACCAAAAUUCUUUUCACAAUGAUUAUAAUUAGAACAGUCUAUAAUUAGCAUUUUUCAUCUUGUAAUUUUCAGUGUAGAUAUGUUCAUAUUUGGUGCUAGCCCUAAGAAUCUUUGUUACAUAUUACAAAUGGAAGCUGUACAAUUUAUAAGAUGAUAAAAUUCUGUAAAAGUGUAGAACUUUUUUCUUACUUGUUCUUUGAUAAUUUUAUGCAUACAUAUUAUAAUUUGAUCACAUGGACCUUUCUUAUUACCCUCUCUUAUCCCUCCUUCCCCACUGAAACCCUUCUCACCAAAUACAAGAUUGACAAAAAUGACGCCUCCUCCCCCAGCAACAUCAGUGACCAGUAUAGCUCCAUAGGAAGAAUUAGGGACUGAUCAUUCCUCCCUGCACCCAAAUACACCAGGGAAUGUUGAUUGCUCUAUAUUGUGAAGGUCUUGUUCAUAGCUACUGUGAGUUGAGUGCUCUGGCCACGUCAUAUCCAAGCAAGAGUAUUCUACAGCACCCAUCACUAUCCAGCUUUUACAUUCUCUCUGCCCCCACUUCUAAGAUGUUCCCUGAAUCUUUCUGUGGGAGGAAGAAAGGGGAUAUGAUAUAGAUGCCCUGUACAGGUUGAGCACUUAGCAGUCACUUAUUUUCAGCUAAAAAUGUAAAACUUUUGAGGGGAGUAAAAUGAUAAUCUAAACACUUACAUUAUAAAAUUAAUCCCUGUCCAUAAUUGUUCCAUUCCUAUUAAGAAGGAAAAUACUUACCUAAGGAAAUACUUCUUAAUGACCCAUAUUUUACAAACAUAUGUUUAUAUGAGCAAAUACUAUUUGACACAUAAUUGAGAGAGAAAGAAACAUUAAAAUAUCAGGAAGAAAAGUAAAUGUCUUUGAAACACAAAAAGAUUGACUUGCUCGUAAGUAGUAAUGGUCCUCAGACUUUAUCUUGCAUCAGUAUCACAGAAAAAGUUUAUUGAGACUCAUUUGGCUGUCCUUAUCUCUCCCACUACCUACCAGACUUUUGCCUAUCUCCUGAGGACUUCUGAUUUGUAGAUCUUGCAUGAGACUUUCAAAUCCAAAGCAUGGCAGUUAUUGAGCUGGUCAGGGACACCAUUUUGUGAGCCAUUCAUGUACAGUUUAAAAUAGUUAUUCUGAUGGGUGUGCUGGCAGGCACCUUUAAUCCCAGCACUUGGGAGGCAGAGGUAGGAGAAUUGCCAUGAGUUUGAGGCCAGCCUGAGACUACACAGUGAAUUCCAGGUUAGCCUGGGCUAGUGCAAUACCCUAUCUUGAAAAACAAAAAUAAAAAUAAAAAAUACCAAAAACAAACCAAAAAUGUUAUUCUAUGGGUUUGAUGUCUUUAAGAGGACCUAAAAUUCUUUAAAUAUUUGUUUUUAGGUAAAAAGAUUUGCAGUAGUUUCUUCUACAACACAAAAUAUAACUUCCUUAUUUUCACAAAUUCAGUUUAAUAUUCAUUUGACUUUUAUAGCAAUAGCACUGCUUUUAAACAGGUAUCAAGGAACAUGGCCUUUGUCUAAAACUCAAUGGCUCUUUUGUUAACAAAAAAAUAAAAGUUGAAAUUAGGGUUAUGUUUGAACAUAAAAAUAAGAUCAGCCUUAGUUUUAAUCCAGCUUAAAUGUGUACAUUAUAUUUAUGCAUCACAUUCAUAUUUCUGCCUUUCUCGCUUUUGAAUGCUCUAUCUGAUAUUAUACUUGAUAUUAGCAAUGGUCACUGACUAAUGAUAAUAUUCACAUUCAUUAUUCUACUUCCUGUGUAUAUCCUAUUACUUAAUGAAAUAACACUUUUUAAUGUUACAUCCUUGAUUUUAAAAGACACAGACACAACUCAUCACUGUGUUUUACUUGAUAUACAGUAGGGGAACAUUUACAAAAUUUGUUCAAGAAUUCAAAAGGGCUCUGCAACAGAGUAAAAUGUUUACAUUAAAAAAGUGUUCAUUAUUUUCGACUAUUGUGACUUAAUUUAAAAUUGCAUGACAUAUGAAGGCAGAUUUUUUUUUUUUCCUAUCUGUCUGAGUCAUCAUUUUGUAAAUUUACCUCAGAUUAAAUAUUGUGAAAUAAGAUGGACAUGCUUUGCAGAUGUUUCCAUACAAAAGUGUAAGCCUCCUUCCUGUGGCGCUUACUCUAAGGUGUUCUGUAGGCCUGUCAAUAAGAUUGACUGCUGUUCAGGUGCAUGAGACGUAAUGAAAUUGAAUGCACAUGCUGGGCUUUGUAAAUAAAAUGAGGUUGACCCCUA